CUUCCCUUACCUUUCAACAAGAUCAAAAGAAAACUCAACUACAAAAACAGACGCCUCCACCAGACCACCAAUUUGUUAAAGAAUUCUCUCUUCUUAGUUUUCCAGCGAACUUCGAUGGAAGAUUACAGCAGAUCAAGAUCGUAUGGUAGUGGGAUGAUGCAGCUGGAAACCUACCAGGAGGCACCACCACCAAGGCCAGGUUCCUAUGAGCUCAGGUCCUAUAGUGUUUCCUAUGCACAAUCCCAGAUGGCGGCUAACAGCUACAAUAAUAUGGGAAACAGCAACAGGGACUUGAAGUUGAAGAAAGCGAAGAGCACUUCUGGUUCAUCUUCUUCGAAAUCAUGGAGCUUUGCUGCUGACCCUGAGUUCCAAAGGAAGAAAAGGGUUGCUAGCUACAAGAUGUAUAGUGUUGAAGGUAAGGUCAAAGGGUCCUUGAGGAAGAGCUUUAGGUGGCUUAAAGAUAGGUACACACAAGUUGUCUAUGGCUGGUGGUAAUUGUUGCCGUUUGGUUGAAUCCUUUUUCUUUUUAUGUUUGUUUUAUCUUGCUUGUAUCCAAGGUAGUUGUGGAAAAAAAACAAAGUUUCAGUUUUUGAAGGAGGAUUGAUGCGGUUGGUUAAUUCUGCUGUAUUACCUGAGGAACCAAAAAGCUUUGUAGGUGUAUCUUUGCAAUGUUAAAUCCUUUCAAAUUCUUGAUGUUCUUAGUUUAUUGUAUUUGAGUAGCUUAGACAAUAAUAAUAGUGAGCAUUUGAUGAUGGAUUUUGUUCCUACAGAAUAAAUCUCCCUUGAACCUUAUUGAUCUA